GCUCCGCCCUCCUCCAGCGCGGCAGACGGAAGUCACCCGGAGCCCGCCGGGCCGAGACAGAGCGGGAGCCGCUUCCUUCACAGGGCGGGUUCCGUCUCCAUCUCCCCCUCCCCGUCACCCGCGGCCGUGGCCUCAGCUGCUCUCCCCUUGGGCCUUCGUCUGGCGGCUGCAGGCGCUGCUCUCCCCCUGGGCCUUCGUCCGGCGGCUCCGCUGUCCCGGCUGAGUCCUGCCGUGCCGCUAGCGGAAGGCAGUGCCCCCGCACGCAGCGGGUGGCGGGCCAGGUGCCGCCAUGCGAUUUCGGGCUAAGAUCGUGGAUCUCGCCUCCCUCAACCACUUCAGCCGUGUAAUUAACACAAUCGCCAAAUUGGCCAAGACCUGCACCCUGCGCCUUACUGCCAGCAGGCUGUAUUUCAUCCUCUCCGACAAAGUAGCAAACGGAGGCAUCGGAAUGUGGUGUGAACUGUGCCAGGGGAAUUUCUUCGAUGAAUUUCAGAUGGAAGGAGUAGCCGCAGAGCACAAUGAGAUCUAUUUAGAGUUGAUGCCUGAGAACCUCUCGAGAGCAUUAAAAACUGCCCAGAGUGCUAAGGCAGUGAAGAUCAAGUUGACCAACAAACACUGUCCUUGCCUGAGAGUUGCUGUGGAGCUACCGUCCUUGUCAAGCAGCAGUAGGAUUGUAACACAUGACAUUCCUGUGGGGGUUAUUCCCAGAAGAUUGUGGAAUGACUUCAGAGAGCCCAGUGUGCCAGACUUCGAUGUCAGUAUUUACCUACCAGUGCUGAAAACAAUGAAGACUGUUGUGGAGAAAAUGAAGAACCUCAGCAAUUCCCUUGUGAUUGAAGCAAACUUCCGUGGAGAAAUGAACUUGAAAAUAGAAACUGACUUAGUAUCUGUAACAACACAUUUUAAAGACUUGGGAAAUCCUCCUUGGGCAUCAGAGGAUGGAUGUCAAAGUUCUGGUCAAGGCAGAGAUCUGGAGAGCAUGGCCGAGGCACGCAUAGAUAUCAAGAAACUGCUGCAGCUCCUUGCUGGACAACAGGUCAACCCUACAGAAGCAUUGUGCAAUAUUGUAAGUAAUAGAAUUGUCCACUUCAUCUUGCUCCAUGAGGAUGUUUCGCUUCAGUAUUUUAUUCCAGCACUUACCUGAAUGUUUUUGGAAUAUCGGUCAUUUUCCAGCCUGAGGUCUUUUCCAUGAAGUCUGAAAACUUCCAUGACUUGCUGGAGUACUCUCAUGGUGUUAAAUGCAGCUAGCAGAUGGACAUUCUUUCCAUAUUUAUGAAAUGACUCAAAAUACCUCCUUAUCCAGAAAGUAAUUUUUGUGAAGAGUUACAUGAUAUGAAAGACAUGGUGCUGGGGAGCUGACAUAUCUGAGGAUUAUGAGAAGCAAAACUGAAGUUUGUGUGUGCUUUCUGGAUGCUUUGAGCUGUUAUCAACAAACAUAAAGGUAGAAUUGAGAUGUAGCAGUGCUUCCGGGUGUAUUCAGUAUUGGACAGUGCAGCUUCAAGGUAAGGGAUUUCCAGGCAAGCUGUCAUACCUCCAUGGAGCAGGAGAGCCCUCUGGAGGGUUGACAGGUUGGUAUUUGCCUGGGCGGGUAAGCACAACCUGCCUGAAGUGGUUGUGGAUUGAUUUCACUCACAGUGAAAUGUGUAUCAAGUCUGUAUAGACUUGAUAUGCUGCAUAUUGUGCAGCAGAAAGGUGUCUGAGGCAGAGGAGCUUCCUGUUGCUGCCAGCACAUAUUAUAGGAUUUAACAAAUGCUAAGGAGUACCAACAGCUUGGCAGCACCUCGAUCCAACUUGUUCCAACAUACCUCAGUAGUUCUGCUAUUGUGUGAACUGAGGCGUGUAUCUCUUGGCCUAGAAGGAUGAGUAGAACAGUCUGAAUUGCCUUGUUAAUGUUGCAGUGAAGGUCUCUGGGUGCAGAGAUGAUACCAUAUGAAGAUGUGUGAACACAGCAGCUGGUGUGAAAUAAAAGGCAAGUUACCUGUGGAUCACUUUUUUCCCCUUUCUAGAUGGAAAUCCUUGCACAACCUGUCAUCAUGGCAUCAGACAUGGUGAGAUUGUAUCUAGACACCCAAGAGCAUGACUAAGUCUCACUGCCAGGGGUACUGUCUAUUUUACUUCCUGGUUAUCUUCUGAGGUCUUUUCUUUCUUAUUCCAUGUGUCAUUGUAUUUGUUAUCCAGCCAUUUUCUGUAUAGCCCGUGGUGUUCCACAGGGUUUUGAAUAUCUUGUGAAACUUCCUGUUUUAGAAAUAGGGUUAGUUGCCAAAUGGUACUUUGAGUUUCUGCUAGACAGUAACUCUUUUUGUGGCCAGAAGUGCUGGGUUUGUUUUUUGGUUUUUUUUUUUUUCAAGGGGCAUUGAGGUUAAGACAGCAAUUAAUCUCUCUGUUCUUGCAGAUGUAAAUGGUCAAGAGAGGUCUGAGUGAUACGUUAUGCUUCUUUGCUUCUUCCACUAUUUCUAUCAGACUAAUCUGAGAGCAUCUUAUAAAUCCCAUUAGUUUUCACAGGAAUCUGCAAUUACCAAAAAAAUCUGUGUAAGAUGAUAGUGAGCUGUAUACCUGGAUAAAGCAAUAGCAUGGUAAGAGAUAUGUGGUAGAAAUCCUGGAUUUUCUCCUGGGGAGAAGGGAAAAACUGCCAGAGUACGACACUGGCAGAGCAUGCAGGAUUUGAAAACCUUGAAUUUCCUCCUUUGAAAAAUGUGUUCUGUAUAACCUAAUGGAAAUGGCUUUUUCUGGUACAGUGUGAGAACUAGUAAUAAUGGGUCUUACCUAGGGAGGCUUUAUGAUUCCUACUUUGAAAAAGAGAUCAAAAGUUAUAAUUGCAAGAAAAUGUGCUGUUUUGCUAGGGUUGUUUUUUUGAAAAAAAAAACCCCAAACAAAAAUAAUAAAAAAUAAAUUCAAGUAGGGGUAAUGUUGCCACAGGUCAGGAAUUUGCAGUGAGAUGUCCAUUUCAUAUUCUGGAGGAGAGGAGCCUAUCUAGACCAAGAGUUGAAGUCUUUCAGGCCCAGUGCUUUCUUACCCUUCCCAUUUAAAUAAAACUCAAGGGUAGAGAGCACACAGACACCUGUACCAUUGUCAGCACCAGAUACACCGGCUGGGAUCUGUGGUCCUACUCCAGCCACCAUCACCAGCCCCUGCACUUGCCUUCUCUCAUGCCAGUUCCCCCCAGUAGCUGAUUUUUUGGACAUGCACCAUUCUGGACUGUAAGUUUGUUAAACUUUCUGGGACUAAGUGGGUAUUGAGUUUCUCAAC